GACCCCACUCCUGACGAUGGAUAUCUUGGAACCUGGCUCGAUGAAGAACGCAGCGAAAUUCGAUACGUAAUGCGAAUUGCAAAAAUCCGUGAAUCAUCAAAACUUUGAACGCAUGUUGCGCCUGAGGCCUCGGCCGAGCCCAAUCAAACCUGCGGGCCCCGUUCGCGCGGGGCCCGGAGGUACGCAGCGCCGGUCGAUGCCGCGGGAAAAGGAGCUCGCUCCCACCGCGGCGGAGACCGAGGAUGACCCUCACGGGUCGGCGCUGGCAAAACGGGCUGAUGCGACCCGUCUUGAAACACGGACCAAGGAGGCCAACGCGGCUGCGAGCCAAUGGGUUGGAAACCACAAUGGUGAUAGUGAAGGCGACCCGUGAGAAGGCGGCCUCGUGCUGCCCGCACCACGGACCGCCCCGGGGGCCUCGGCGCCCGGGGUGCGUUGAGUAGUCGCAUUGGGACCCGAAAAUGGUGAACUAUGCCUGAGCAGGGCGAAGCCAGAGGAAACUCUGGUGGAGGCCCGCAACGCUACUGACGUGCAAAUCGUUUGUCAGACUUGGGUAUAGGGGCGAAAGACUAAUCGAACCAUCUGGUAGCUAGUUCAUCCACUCCAGUAGGCCUAAUAAGCCGACCUUGCUCUCAUUGCUCACACUCAAGCUCGGCUUCGGCCGCUCAGCUCUCAAAAAAACACUCUCAUUAACACACAUUUGCUUGCUGACUCUUCAAGACCACACCCGACUAGCCAAAAGCGGCUUCGGCCGUAAAGGAGCGGGGUGCAAAAGGGUUUCAUGCCAUCGAGUCUACCACGCAAACCAAACCAUCCUGAAGAGCUAUGCUGGACAAGGUGAUUUAGCGGAUACCGGGUGCCAUCCGCCUUCUGAUGAAGGUGCCGUCCUUGAGUCGGCCUAAGGGAUAGUGAGGCUUCCACGCCUUGCGACACCACCUUACUGCGGGAAAAGCUCCGGUUCAUUCGGUACCAAGCGGACGCGUGCGCUCGUGGCCUGGGAAGCCUUCAGCUACACCCGGGGUAUGGUAACAAUCCGUCUGAAGUCAGCCAAUCCGCAGCGAACCAUGAAUAGUGGGAAGUGCAGACACUAUAUGGUGGUGGGUCUUCUAGCUCGUGCUAGGAGGCUUAAGAGAGAGCGCUCUGCGAGGAGAGAUCUUCGCACUACUAGUCUGCCCCGGACCAUGGCCAAGCGUAAGCACUCUGCGGCGCGGUUAACUGACGCGGAGCCAGCGGCCGUGGCACAAUCUGGGACCCACGAGGAGAAAGGGUUGCGCCCCAAACCGACUGGGACGCCUCCCGGUAGCCGUAAGGCGAAAGGGGGCUCAGGGGGAAGGGCAUUAGUGUUGCGAGCCGGUCUCCUAGGGAGACGUUAGCUCUGACGGUGCCUCCAGCGAAGAAGCAACGCCCCAGCCCAAGCCCCGACCCUGCUGACACCCCUACGAGGCAACCCUCAGUCGGCAUUGGUGUGGCUUCCACCAUACUGAGGAUCGACUAUCCGUCGGCAUCGAGCAACAAGGGGGGGCCUGUGGCCACAGGACAAAAACGUAAAAAGGGGAAAGAACCAGCUGAGACGAAAGAACUCGCAGAGAUGGAGAAACCGAGCCCCGUGAAGAUUGUGUUCCUCCCGCCUGUACUCAACAAAUCGGGACUGUCUUCACCCCCCGCGGAGGUUCUUGAAGAUCUUGAGAACGCUCUCGAAGUCCCCGAGACAGCUCUUGUGGUCCCAGAGAAUCCUUUCAAAGGGGGGGAGGUCCUUCUGAGCCAACCUGCGCCCGCCUUCCAGGGAUUCACAGCAGGCGAACGGAAGGAGGUCGUACCUGCGAGCAGCGACUCCACCCAUUCCUCUGGUCACCCUGCGGUGCCUGGGAAGUGUGGCCGGUGUCACUCCCUCCUUUGGGAACGUAAAAUUAUGAAAAAACACCAUUGUUCCCC